CUUAACUAAACAGCACUGAGUACGACAUUUGAUAUUAAUGCAAGUAGGAUGCAAGUUGCAUGUCGCGGCCUCACGACUGGCAUCUCUAUGUGCUUAUUUUUAUGAAAACCGACGACGCUGAAAAUGAACACAUCUUGUUUCUAGCAAUCUGACAUCUUCCGCUGCUAUAGCUACUUCUUAAAAAUACCUACUACAAGCCAGACACGUCACUUACUGUAUCAUAUAUGAUAUUUGCUUGGUUUUUUAUACGAAGAUACGUAUAAGUACAAAUUGUGUUUUUGAACUCUCCUAUUUUUAUUUACCUAUUUCUUUCAGGUUAAGUCAUAUUAUUGCCUGCCUGCCUGUAUAAUUUUCUGGUAGAUUUAUGUCAUUCCGUAACUUUGUAAACGGUACUUAUUUAUUUUUAUUUAUUGGCAUCUAUAAGCGCGAUCUAAUAUAAAUCAUUGAUUUAUUUAGUACCUAUAUGUAUAAAUAAAAUAUUAGCAUUUUAAAGCAGUUUAUAACAUAUCAAUCUAUUCGUUUUUACGUUUAACUCACGUGAAUAUCUCUUAAAUUAUUUUGCUUAGUCACUUCACUGACCAAGAGUCUAAAUCUAAAUCUUCUAGUCACAAUCUGAUGAAAUUUCAUACACAUUUUUACACCCACUCAGUCCCUUAGAGGUGAAAUUCUCUAAAGCCUUUCUCAGUACUCAUUAACUUUCUACUUACGUACAGAAUGUUUUCGCCCAUUGGUGGUAUAAUAAUAUUAAUACUCUUAUCCACACCUUUUGGCUUGAAAGGUCAUAGACACAAGUUUAUGCACAUGAAAAUUUUGCCACAAGCUUUUAUUGUCGUCAGAGAGAUGAUGCUGCAAUCAACACAUGACAAAAAAAAGCAUGCCCGUCCUGUAAACCGUUGAGGAGUACUCCUUGGGAGCGACCUGGUUGCAUCAUUAGGUCAUGCUUAUCAUAAUAAUGUAUUCUGAUAAUUGUAUAUCAUAAUUCUGAAACGACAAGGAAAAAUUUCACAAGUUGUUGGACCUGUACGGGGCAGGUGAAAAUAAAUGGAAGGUUGUAUUUAAAAAAUGUCCAACUGAUCGUUUGUUAUGCUUGUUCUUUGUGCGGAGAAUCCACUCAGCCCUCUGCACUCAAUACACGUCCAGCUUUUAGCUCCAAAAACUAAAAAGUUUAUGAGAAUAACCCACCACGGGCCUAACGGUUCCACACCAAACCGCUCGUAAUUAUUUUAAUUGUUAUUAUUUAUUUAGUUAGGUAUGAUACAUAUGAUAUCAGUGUUAUUUUUUAAAAUGAGUUAUACUUAUACCGUUAAUUUAUCUUUUUAUAUAUUAUAUUGUUGAAUGAGAAACAUUAAAUAAAUUUGAUUUAUUUCAAGUUAGUAUUUUAAUUAUACAAAAUUCGCCCCAUUGGCUGGCAUCAUUGCCAUGUUAGUUAUAAUUUACUAGCGGCCCGUCCUUUAUGAACAUAAUAAAUUACAUACCUAAACCUACAUGAACAUCCGUGCAGUAGUUUUUUAAUUUAUUUCGAACAAACAGACAGACGCGGCAAAGGACUUAGUUUUACGAUAAGGACGUCGUUACGUGCAACGAUGCUAGAUACAUUUGUUGAAAAAAUAAUUCCUUUGAAUACUUAUAACUAUUAUGAUAACAUUAUCUGUCAUAUAUAAUGUACACAAAUGGAUUUGAGGUUCACUGCACGAAACCAAUAAGUUAAUCUCUAAAUAAAAUGGAAAAGAUUUCGUAGUAACCAACCACUACGAUUCUGCUUUACGAUUUCUCUACAAAUACGCCAUGUUAUGUUAUACCUUAUAACUUGAGACAUAUUUUCAUACUUUUUGGUAUAAAACUUCACCACGCAUAUACAUGUAUUAUUAAAAAUUUCAUUCAAGAAUGUAUUACAAGAAUUAAUCAUUUUUUUAUGAUUUGUUGUAAAAUAUUAUUGGUGUUGAAUAAAUGAGAUUAUCGCUUCAUUUAAGAUAUGAAUGUAACAAAUUUAUCCGGGAAGGAUGGGAGCUCGGUGAAAAUACGCAUGCGCGCAGAAUCCCAAUAUGCUGUAGAUAGUAUUUUCAACUCUACUUGCAUCACUUUGGGGUCGAAUAAGAUAUAGCUGUCUCUGUUCACAGUACGCCAAUAUUAAAGACAGCGAAUGCAUUUAGACCUACUGCUAUAACAUUCACCCUAGUAAAAUUCGCCGAGCGGGACCCAGGCUUCAAGUCCCGUAAAAUGUCCGGUCUAACAAAAUUCAUAUCAAUACAAUACCCUUUCAAUCCUCACAUAUCUUUAAAUAUAAUUUGUGCAAUGACAAUUGUGAUAAUUUGGAAAUCCAGUGUAAAGGAUGAAUUUUAAACAUUGCAAGCAUUUCCACCCAUAGGUAUUCCAAGACUUAUUUCAAAAAUAAUUACUACAUAUGAUAGCAUGGGUCAACUGAUCAAAAACGCAGCCGGGAGAGGCCGGCCAGUGCCGGUCCGGGUCCGCUACCUGUUCCUGCUGGCCACCGUUUGCGGCGGCAGCUUCCUCAUCUUCUCCAUCAGCAGCAGUUCACUUUUCUUCUUCCAUAACGGACUCUCAAUACACGGCACACGCAAACACAAUGUCAAUGAACAGAGUGAAUUCUUCACUAUUAAAACAGAAGGUUGUACAAUUCCCGGGUUCGACCCUUACGAUAAAUCCAUCAAUCGUUUAGUAACACGGCCGCCAGAAGUUAUUUGUCCAAGAGCAAACACAUCUUUACUCAAAAACAACAACACCCAUAUAUGGAUAGUAUCCGAAAAUCUGCAAUAUUACGACAUAGAUCCUGAAGCCAACCUUACAUGUUGCUACAGAUCGUUUUACCGGCCCACAUCGGUCGAUGAUAUAACAAAAAAAUCAGCUGAUGACAGAGUACAAUAUAAUCCGUGUAUUUAUUUCUACUCCUACAUUGAAGCCAUGCACGAAUUUGUUCGAGUUUCAUGUGGUAAUGAAUUUAAAAUAAUAUAUCAACAAUAUUUUCUGUUCGCCCCAUUGAAGGAAGUUACACCGAUCGAUAUUAUAGGCUAUGAAGACGAGCCUCAUAACAAUCGCAGCCUUAAUACAUUGAAUGUCAUAGUGAUGGGAAUUGACGCUAUUUCCAGGUUAAAUUUUCACAGGACUAUGCCCAAAACCCUUUCAUUCCUGCGAAGAAAAGGUGCAAUAGAAUUGUUGGGAUAUAACAAAGUUGGAGACAAUACUUUUCCCAAUUUAACUCCUAUGUUACUCGGAUUAAGGGAUACCGAACUGAAAAAAACCUGUUGGCCGAACUUAAAGUCCAGAUUUGACAAUUGCCCUUUCAUUUGGGAGUGGUACAGAGAAGCCGGAUAUCUGACUGCUCUCGGAGAAGACAGUGGAAAGUUGGGAACUUUUAAUUUUGGCAAGUACGGCUUCUUGACCACUCCUACAGAUUAUUACUUAAGGACGUUCAUACGUGAAGCUGAAACUCGAGUAGGAAACACAAGAGAUUAUAAUUCAUUAGUUUGCAUGGGAAAUAAACUUUUCUACAAAGUUCUUCUUGACUAUAUAGAGGCCUUAACUACGACAUUAAAAUCCUCCAGAUUGUUUGGAUUUUUUUGGGAAGUAACUUUGAGCCACGACUUCUUGAACUAUCCUAUGUUAAUGGAUUCAAGUUACGAAGCAUUACUAAAACACCUUGAUCAUACUAAGUAUUUGGACGAAACCGUAUUAAUAUUGUUAAGUGAUCAUGGUAUAAGAUGGGGUGACAUUCGAAGUACUAAACAAGGGCGUCUGGAAGAGCGAUUGCCUUUUGUUCACAUAUUAGUUCCACCAUCAUUUAAAAAAAACUAUAGUCUCGCAUAUAGUAACUUAAAAAUAAAUAGUCGACGUCUCACAACUCCCUACGACAUACAUGCGACUCUUACUGAUUUAUUACAUUUGGAUGAAUUAAAAGACAACAAAAUUAAAUUAAGAAGCAAGACUGCUUAUUCGAAUAAAAGAAGUAUAAGUUUAUUUUUAAAUGUGCCCAGUAACAGAACAUGCAAAAUUGCGGAUAUUGACGACCAUUGGUGCACUUGUCACAAGAAUAUUAAGAUUAAUACCGAUAUUCCUGAUGUGCAAGUAGCUGCCGCUUUUCUGGUGAAGGAUCUAAACAUGAUGUUACGCGAUUACCCGCAAUGCUCGCGUCUCGUUCUGGACGGCAUUCUGGAUGCUUCUGAAAUGUUGAUUGGAAGUGGAUCGAUUCAGAAAGAAGAAGAUGGGUGGAGGGAAAUAUUAGUAGUCAUACGGACCACUCCAGGUGGCGGGAUAUUUGAAGCAACUCUUCGUCGUCAUAAAGACCAAUGGCUAUUGGCUGGAACGGUUAGUCGUCUAAAUUUAUACGGCGAUCAAAGUCAUUGUGUAAAUAAUUAUCAACUCAAAUUAUAUUGUUAUUGCUCCUAAAACAAAUAAAUUCGUAGCAAGUAAGGAUAAUAAAUGUCUGUUUACUUACAUAUCUUCAGCGGAGUGAUUAUAUUGUACCAUAUACAACAUAGUGGAAGGUU